AUGGGUAAUACCGAGAGCAAUGUUACGAGCGGCGUGAAGAAACAAACGGACACGUCGUCCAUCCUGCUCUAUAAAUUAGUCGACUUGAAGGGCGGCGGAUUGUUAGUGGACAUGAUGAAAAGAGCCACGCAGACCAAGCAGUACGCGGAGCUGGAUCACGCGUUGAGAACGAAGGUCGAGCCGUUUCUGUACAACAAGGGAAAAGGCAAAUGGAUACCCGUGGAAAAAUUGGUCCUUCUACGAAAUAAAGACCGUCCGCGGCACAAAAUGCUGGCACCCUUGAAAGCUAUGGAAAAUCCAGCGGAUUACGACAUCGAUAAGGAUAUGGGCGACGAGGAAGUUGACGAAGCUAAGAUAGAUAAGAGCAGAUACAGAUUCGUGUGUUGGAAUCUAAGCGACAGAGGUGCCGUCGGCGAAACUAUUUUACAUUUAUGCAUGUUAAAUGCGACCGCUAUCCACGCCGAUUUGGCGAAACGACUGUUGCGUUUCUAUCCGCGGCUUAUACACGAUAUUUAUCUGAGCGAUGAAUAUUACGGAGAAAACGUUUUGCACAUCGCUAUCGUGAAUGAGGAUCCAUCGCUGGUCAAGUUUCUUCUCGACAGUGGAGCGGACGACCCGAGCAUCAUCCACGAGAGAUGCUUCGGCAAUUUCAUGAGUCCGGAAGACCAGAAGGCGUCGAGGUUUGACAGUAUGGACCACGAGUGGGUGUGCGUCACUCCGGAGACCAAUUACAGCGGCUACGUGUACUGGGGAGAGUAUCCGUUGAGCUUCGCCGCGUGUCUCGGUCAGGAAGAAUGUUACAGGCUUAUAUUAGCCAGAGGCGCGGAUCCUGAUAAGCAGGACACGAAUGGAAACACCGUCCUGCACAUGCUCGUGAUAUACGAGAAACUGGCCACGUUCGACAUGGCCUACGAGGUAGGGGCUUCUCUCGAUCUAAGAAACGUCCAGCAUCUGACUCCGUUGACCCUAUCAGCAAAGUUGGCCAGAAUCGAAAUGUUCUUUCACAUUUUGAACAUCGAAAGGGAGAUAUACUGGCAAAUCGGUAGCAUAACUUGCGCGGCUUACCCUCUGUCGCAAAUAGAUACGAUCGACAUUAAUACGGGGACAAUCAACAACAAUUCUGCCCUGAAUCUGGUUGUCUUUGGCGACAAAGAUGAACAUUUAGAGUUAAUGGACGGUGUGCUAGUCGAUCUUCUAAACGCCAAGUGGAACACCUUCGUCAAAUCCCGAUUCUACCGUCAAUUCUUCCUCUUCUGCUUCCACUUCAUCCUGUCGCUGAUCAGCUUCACCCUUCGCCCUGGCCCGUCGACCAUGGAAACGGACGAAAGCGCGAACGACACGUUGACGAGGACGAAUUCCUCCAACAUGACGGAGCCCACGAUUCUUAAACCCCUCCAAAGCGCGGAUCUAUCGGAAUUGGUUACAAAUAGCUUCGUGGCGGCUUUCACCUCAAAUCUCAAGUCAUCCUUAAACAUGACGCAGGAAUCGCUGGAGAAGAUCCAGCUGCAAGUAACGUCGAACGUCACGUCGGCCCUGAAGAGCGUUUUGCUCUUGACGCUGAGCGAAAACGAGGGCAUUCUGAGUCCUCCUGACGAGGCCGCCAUUCAUACGCUGUGGUAUACCGACAGCCCUCCAAAUGCGUCGGACUAUUUCACGGAUACGUACAACAAAACCGUCGCGGCCGAUACGAAUUCGACUGCCAAGGCGAUCGUCGACGACAUCGCGUUAUCAAAAUUUGAUCACGAAGAUUGGUGGGACGAUCUCACAGAGGAGUGCAGGCUGAUGCAGCUAACAGAAACGAGUGCGAAGAUUCGUUUAACUGGGGAAAUUUUUAUGUACAUCUCAGCGAUGCUCUACAUCUUGGCUGCGUUGCGAGAGGCGAGAUUUUUAGGUCUUAACAUGUUCAUCGAAAAUCUCAUGACGGCGCCGUCGCGCGUGAUGUUCCUGUUCUCGUGCUGCAUCCUGCUGCUGUUCCCGUUUCUGCGAUUUGCCUGCGCGGACGAAGUCGAAGACAUGCUGGCGGUGGUGGCGAUGCUGACGACGGCACCGUACUUUCUAUUCUUCUGCCGGGGCUUCAAAACGGUCGGCCCGUUCGUCGUGAUGAUUUACAGGAUGAUCAUGGGCGACCUCCUCAGAUUCGUCUCCAUCUACCUCGUCUUCGUGAUGGGAUUCUCCCAAGCGUAUUACAUCAUAUUCCUGUCGUUUGACAACCCGAACACUCCGGAGGGCAUCGACGACUCGAUCUCGAAUCCGAUGCCGUCGCCGAUGGAGAGCGUUAUGGCGAUGUUCCUGAUGAGCAUGACGAAUUUCGGCGAUUACUUCGGCGCGUUCGAGAGAACCGAGCACGAAUUCGAAGCCAAGCUACUGUUCGUGCUGUACAUGGCGAUCGUGGCGAUUCUGCUCGUAAACAUGUUGAUCGCUAUGAUGGGCAACACUUACCAGAAGAUCGCUGAGACCAGGAACGAAUGGCAACGGCAAUGGGCGCGCAUAGUUCUGGUCGUGGAGAGAGGCGUGAGUCCCGCUGAAAGGCUAAGAAAGUUGACGGACUAUUCUCAGCCCAUGUCCGACGGUCGUAAGGCGUUGGUUCUUCGAUUACACCAGACUGAGGAGGACAAAGAGGAGAUGAAGGAGAUACUCGAGAUGAAGAGAACCCACGACAGAUUGCUAAAGAAAAGGCAAAGCAGAAUGUCAAAGGAGAAGAUUCUAGCUUAAGCCAGGGAAGCCAUUGUUGUUGUUAGGAACUGUGAGAAGAAGUAAUGAGCAUCUUAAUUUAUUUAUCUCGAACUACUUGUACGUAGUUCGUUUUAUUUUUGAGAAUUGAAAAUUUAUUUACUUAAUUUUUAGCUAUGUCAAAAUCACAACAUUUUGCACGACGAAUUGUAAGGAUCCGAAAUAAAAUGAUUGCGAUGUAGACUAGAGCAAGUGAAAUUUUAAUCAAUAAAUCGCGAUGUUGGAGUUUCCAUGACAACAAA